AAGCCCAACCGGGUGUUGUACUAGCGUCUUGCCGUGUACUAGUCUGAAGAAAACUGCUGGUACGGAUCUUUAAAGUCCACACCUGCUGCCCUCCCGCCAUUCUGUGGAUAGUACAGCUAAAAAACGCUACGACUAUCAUGAGAGUCCCGCCAGGCACGUGGGCCCUGCUUGGGGUGCACCUCCUGGGUCAGACGGCGCUCUCCCAGCUGGAGCGUUCCUUGUUUGUGCCCUUUUUGCGCAGCUUGGUCGUGUGUGACACGACAACUACGAGAAACUCGGAGUCGUCGCUCUUUUCGCCAACGCCGGUUUUUGAUACGGGCGCCUCCAGCUCGAAAAUAACCACAACUGCGUCUCCACCAUCUCUGCUCCAGCUGCCGCAGGAGCGCGAGGCAGGUAUGAGUCCUCGUGGUCGUGCAGGUGAUGUUUCGGAUGAACUACCGCAGAGCAGUGAUGCUGCGAACGAAGGAACUUCAGGAGCUACUUCCGCUGCCCUUGCGAAGGAGGAGGAGGAGCAGACCAAUGGCAAUAAUGCGGUGGAACGAAAAGACGCGAAGAUGGAAAUCGGUCAAGUGGCACUAGGUGGACAAGAUCAAGAGCAACACACAGGAGACGUCGCGAAGUGGUUCUCGUCCACGCAAUUCCUGCAUCCCCGGGACCGAACCAAUGAGAAGGAGGCCCACGACCGGCGAAAAAAUGAUGUUAAGGACAUCUUCUUCACAACCGGCGCCGUUAAAGGAAUCGGUCCAGCACAAGAUGGAGCGCCGCCCAAACGAGAAGAUCUUCUACAAAGCGCAUCUUCAGCCACCUCUCUGCAGGACGAAGAGAAGUUGUUCGUUGUCGAGGGCGAGCGGGGCGCCAGCAGUAGUUCUUACUUGUUCAGCAGUACCACCGCGCAAAGCACGACCACGGGCAGCAAGACCAGCACAUCAAAAGCCUCAGAAGUGGAACCUCCUGCCGCAAGAAAUCCUACAGGCGCAGAAACUGCAACAGCGUCCGCUGCUCCCCCCAACAUGCAGUACCAGCGUGCCUCGUUUUACUGUGACGACCACGACCAGGUUGUGGAGCAGGCGCAACAGCGCGGGGGCCGGUUGGACUGUGUGCGGAUCCUGGCACACGCAUUUAGCCUGCCCGUGUUCGGUUGCUUGGGGGACAUGUACGGUCGCAAAUACAUCACGCACUACGCGUGUUUGGGGCUGAUCCUCUACUUCUUCUUGCUUUCGAUCGUCGCCUUCGGCUUCCAACACGAUAAGGCAGCAGGAUCUCUGGGACGAACAUCAAGCGCGUUGUUUCCCAUGCCAGAUCCCGACGUCGGAAGUCUUGCUCAACAAGAAGGGCAUCGACAUAGUUGGACCACUUCUUCGCCGUUUUCUAGCGGAAAAAUUGGUAGUCCCGAAGAUUCCGCAGCAGGAGGGACGACGAUGCUGCAGCAAAGUAACUUCGUCGUUCCCCAACAAGAAGUACUAGUAGAGCAGCAAAAGCUGGAAGACAUUGACGCAGCCACCGUGGAGAGUCACAUCAUCUUCCCACUGCCGCCGUUCGCGAGCAGGCUGCUCACCGGAUUCUUCGAACACUAUGUCCGGCCGAACCUGUAUGGGGGUGUCAUAAUCGAAAUCGACAAAGUCGAAGUCAAAAUUUGUAAUGCAUAAAAUGCAAUGCGAAUGCCCAAACUGCCUGUAUUGGAGGGCAGGCAAGUCAGUCCGAUUGUCAGCCUGUUCGGGGUUGGAGAUAGACUGGCUCAAGUAGCAUGACAAACGAUGCUCUCUUUCCCAAACCAGCCUGACAGACUAGAUAUAUGUGCUAAAUACCGAAAUCUGUCAUGCGCCGCUUAGAUGAAACUGGGCUUCCAAGUGCCACCGGUUUUGUGCAUAAAGAUUGCAAGCUAUUUCAACUUCUAUCGUCGAUUUCGAUCCUGGUGCUUUCAUAACCUCGACUCCAUUCUCGUCCCCGUCGCGGUUUUUUUCCACGGUGCACUGUAUCCACAAAAAAAGACCCAUCCCCAUCCAAUUUGCCAUGCAAAACUCGCAUCAAGUCCAGUGCCUGUCAUGUAAAAAGUUGAUGUGGAUGGGUGUUUUUUCCUGGAUCCGCCGGCCUACAACUGUCUCGGCUUCGCCAUUCACAAUAUCAUGAUGGAUCUUUCCGUAUGCGAGGCAAUGGAGCUUCAAUAUGUAGUUAUUGUGCCAGCACGACGCACGACGUAUUACAACCUGUAUCUUCAGUGCAACGUGUUGACAUGAACAUGACUGCUCUCUGAUCUUAAUUGCUCGUAUAUUUUUCAAGCAAGCCCUACGCAAAACUCGUACAGCUGUUGCCUGAAUUUUGAGUCGUGCUUUUUCUCCGUCGUCCGUCGUGUCUGGUCAAAGGAAGAAAACGAAUUUGUCUCUGGAUACUGCGCACACGACGUGAAUUUGCAGGUGACCAUGAACACUUUUUUCGACAUCACCAGCAUGCUGUGCACCACGGUGGCUCAGUUUCUCGUAGCGAGGUUCUUGUCCAGCAGGUUGGAACCAAGAGUGAAUGACACGGACCAGCCACAACAAGAAGCUACAAGUAGCGCAGAUGCAGUGUCAUCUGCAUCUCCAGCGUUGUCGAUGCACCAUGCGCAAGAACAAUCCAUUGGCGUCCUUCUGCCCUCGGAUUUCGGAAAAGUCUACGUUAUCUGCUUCUUGAUUGCCUUCGUCGUGUUUCUCUGGCAAAGCAAGUUUCUGCCGGAGACGAAGCCACGAAAGGGAAGCGCAGCUGCAGCCGCAACGACCGCUCACACGACGAGAAAUGACGUUGGGAACAACAUGGCAGCUGGCGGCGAAAUGCGUUCGGUUGUGUCGUCAGAAUACAACCUCGUCGACCACGACGGUAGGCUGACGAAUGUUGAAAAUGAUGUCCCGCCUCACGACUCAUUUUCUACAACUUCCGCUGCACAUAAUGCCGGUAUAAGUUCAUCUUUCCACCGGUAUAAUUUGUAUAAACUUCCGCAACUCGUCACCACAAGCACGAUGGCUUCGUGUUGUCGAAAGCGAAUCACCGCACGAAGUGGAAUAAACGCACCUUGGGGGGAGUCCUCUCCCAGAAGAACGGCUGGCGCAAGUACAGAAACUGCAGCAGCAGCCGCAACUUCUACUGCGUCAACCUCAUUUUCCACGACAACUACUGCCGAUGGUUAUUCUGCAGAACUCUCGCCGUCGCCACCGCGACUAAGUCGAGGUAGCAGUGGUAGCUCCCCCACUUCUUCUUGUUCCCGGCCAGGUUCACCUUUGUCAUCCACCACAGCAGGAGCGAACUCGGCCACUACACAGCACCACCACCCCACGACACUAGGCCACGGGGAUAACGCUUCUUUCGGACUGCACAAGGCGGUCACAACGCAACGCGAGCGGAAUGGCAACCAAGAUGAGCAGGAGCUCCUGAAAAGACGGAGGUCCUCAAGCUACUGGGACGAUGUUAAUGAAGUGGACACAAUAUUAUUAUCCUGUGCAAAAGGCCAAGGCGACGCAUCCGUACGCUUUAUAAAUCAGGCCAGUCACGCAUGACCGAGCAGCUCCUUUCUUUAUUUGAAUCUGCAUGUAGGAAAUUAUCCAUAUUUUCGUUAUACAAAUAACUUUUGCCAUGUGAUUCCUACUACGUGCGACCUCGAUACUUUUGCAUUGCAUACGCCACAGCAGGAGGAGCUGCCUCCUUCGGCGACGUUGACAUGAACGGAGGUCGCGGGUCGACAAAAGACUCGAAAAUUCAGCAGCAGACCAAUCUGCAUUCAGCGUUUUUUGGAGGAGCAGGGCCAACCUCGCAGAUGAACAAGGGCGGUAGUAUUGAAAAGGCCGUCCACCACUACUUGGCGUCUCUGUUCGACUGGCAUAGUUGGCGCUCGCGGCUACUUUUUCUUCACAAUCUGUUUCGGGAAACGUUCAAGGUAAAUCUCCUGCUGUGCCGGCAGAGCUCGUUUCUUAGGCUUUGGUCAGUGCAGAUUCUGUUCUACUACCUCGCGGAGAGCAAGUGGGAAGUUUUGGCGUCCUAUACCAUCGCUGUCUGGGACUGGGCGCCCGGGGCGUUGGAGCGGCUGUGGGCGAAGCUUGGCUGGGUGCACGUCUGCAGCUUGUCGCUCCUACCCUUCGUGUUGCGGUAUGUCGCUGUCGGUCGUGGUGGUGGAGAGAGACAAACCACAAGUAGCGCGAGCAGCUACAGCGGUUCAAACGGAAGCAGGAGCCAGAAUCAAGAAAUUGGCGGCACGGAAUUCGAUUUCCAGCAGCAUCUAGAUCAAGAAGGCCAACUGGAGCGCUUCGAGCAAAAUUAUCCACAGUAAAAUUGUUCUUUUUACCCCCAUUUGCAUUUAGAAUUAUUUGGCAUGGAAAACAUGAAGUCGUGCGCGUGUCUGUAUUUGCGAUGCGAAAAUAGAUGUUGCUAUUGCUUGAUGGGGAUGAAAAUUUUAUUCCUCUGGAUAGAGAUAGAAACGACUCCACGACACAUACUCUCCUCCACACGGCUACUUCUUCUAGUGCGCGCCCUUUAUCUGCAGAAGCAGGAGCACAGGAUGAAGGCCAAGAUGUGUACAAGAAGCUCGGGAAACUGCUCAUUGUCGCAUCGGUGUUUCAAACACUGUUAUCAACAUGGAUAGUACCUCCUUGCUCACCAUCUCUCGCCCUAAGUUUGUGAUGCCCAUAUGCGCAUUGAAGUACGGGCGGCCGUGUUUUGCAUUUUUUUUAUGCAACACAAAAAGGGAAAACUGACAUUGAGGGCGAUCAUGGUGUGAGCAGUUCUGUUAUCUGGGAUAUUUGUGCAUGGGCUCUUACAGCCUCUCCGCCCACAUUCCUGUUGUCGUAUGCUGUGUGAAAUCCACCCUACCUGCUCCACCAAGAACUCUUUCACUUCCAUGGUGCGCUAAGAUAAUGCAAGCUUUUUGAUGCACAUGUGCAUGUCUAUGGUGCCUGUUGCAUCAGUGAGUCAUAAAGACAUAUCUUCUUCGUGCAUAAUCAAAGUCAACGGAUUGCGCAGUAUGAACUUGAAAGUGAAAGAACAUGGAUUUCCGCCGCAUAUCGCGGGCCGAAGCUGUACAUGGUCUUUUCUGCGUUCACCUGUCUUAUGGGGUGGCAGAGCUCGAUGCGGUUCGCGUUUCUGACCCAGGCGAUCUCCUGCGACCCAAAGCUGAUACACCACCGAGCCAGCUCGAUUGCGAUGAUUGCCACCGUGAAAAACGUCGCCGCGGCCCUAGGUGCCUGGUAUUUCUCGACCGUGUUGUUUGACGCGCACGUGCCCCACGGCAGCUGGGAGAGCGGACUGAUCUUUCGCGUUUCCUUCUACUUCAUGGUAUUCGCCGACUUUUUCUACAUAAUCGCGUACUGAGAGAAAAACUGCGAUACAGAAAAAAAUCUGAAAUUUUGACUCGCCGAGGCGAACAGUAUUUGAGUGCGGUUGCCGCAACGACUUGCAGUCAAAGACAUGCCGCAAUGGGCGGCCAGAGGAGGUAAGUAGGUGGUCGAGGUGGCGACCGUUAGGCAGGGACUGGAAUCAAGUCCAGCGAAUAUAUCUCAUUUUUUUGAUGCAAAGUGAGCACUUUUGGAAGACAGCUGAAGCGCAACACUUGGCCGGUUGGAAAACUGUGAUACAGCACAUCGCGGUAGUGCUCGCACGAGUACACUGCGCUGAUGUAUCACACUUUCACAAAACCACCAUAGCACCGGCGUUAGCUUCCGCUUAGUGAAAUUGUAAAAGUGUGAUACAGCAGCUCGACCGAGGUACUCGCCGGAGUACUCGACGGAAAAAUUCAGCGCCUUCGUUGGCGUCAUGCAAAAAAUACGAUAACCCGUAGCAAAUUCAAUUUCAUUCCCCAUGGUGUGGCGGGUUUAGGUCUGCCCAAUCUUGGUGGGCCGCUUUUCGUCGUCCGGAGCCUGCAACCAGCUGACGACUUUGCAAUGUCGCUCUGUCGACCAAAUGCAAAAUAGUUUAACCGUAUCCGCAGCGUUGCUGCGAAUCAAAAUUUCAAAUUUUUUCCUGUAUCACAGUUUUUCUCUGAGUAUCGCGAUUGUCAAGCACAGUAACUCCUCGUCUUCAGUCGAGAAAAGAAGUUAUCCGCGGUAAAUUUUCCGCACAAAUGAACUUACCGCCUCUGAUCCUAGUUAGCAUGACCAGGAUACUAGGAGUGACAUCACAAUCACUUGGCAGCAUGUGUGAUGCACUUUGUACCUGUGCGGGAGACUUGUAGUGCAUACGAGUGGAAAAAACGAGGCAACUACACCGGAUGAGCUCAAGACGAGAGAUAGGGGGGCAUCGAAUUCGGGGUCAACACAACAUGUCGUAGUACAACAGCAGCAGCACCAUGCCCAAAAAAACCCGAGCAAACCGAGCGACAUUUUCUUUGGACUCGAUGAAGAAGAACGAGGACGCUUGCUCAUCCUGUGAGCCGUCUGAAUUUGACCUCGUCCGCGAAAGAUACUGCGAAAGCAAGAUCUUUUGGUCCACUCAUGGCGGUACUUCCAUGAAGCGGAUUUCCAAGCAUUUGUCACUGUCAGCUGAGAAUAUGAUAAACCAAAAACCAAAUCGCUAUCACAUGUUUCGAAGAUGAACUACAACUCGCGCUUCCAAGAAGUGCAUCGUCCUCUGUAUUUGAGGCUCACAUAAAACAAAAUACAGUUUUUGAACGUCGGACGAGAUCGCAAUGGUGCAAUAU